CACGGCAUUUGUAUGAGCCAAACGUGCAGGCGAGAAAGAGAAAGAGAAGGGGGUGGCCAUGAGGGUGGUAGGGUAACCAGUUUUACCGGCAAUCAGAAAAAACCCCAGCAAUUACCGUAUUGAAACAAGAGUAGAUGGAGAACCUCUCUUAUGUGCAAAUUAAAAGGCCAUGUUGCCGGCUAAAUAGAUCCAGUAAUGCGGACGAGGACCGAUUUCCCUAUUGGGACAAUGUAUAGCAUCUCGCCUCCUUCUCUGGGUUGGCAUUCAACUACCGCGAUAUGCAGCACGCGGAAAAUAUAUUAUGUUUAUACAUGGUAGGCAGGCAGCGGUAAGUUGGUUGCUGUGCAUGCAUGCCCUCGUCUAGAUGGAAGCGCACUUAUAAGAGAGGAACUGGCACCGGGAUGUAAAGCCUGUAUCCGCCUACUUCUGCACGUCUUCAUCGCCAAAAUCAGUCAGUUCGCUGCCAAGAUGAAGUCUUUCUCCAUCGCUCUUGCGCUCGUUGCGCCAGUCCAGGCUGGUCUUCGCUUUGGAUGCUCAUCGCUAACUACUCAACGUCUGGACCCGGUUGUCGAGCCCGGAAACAACCCCUCUGCGCAUCUCCACCACAUUGUCGGUGGAAAUGCCUUCAACGCCACCAUGACUGGCGAUGUUGGCGCCAGGGGCACCUGCACCACUUGCGAGAUGUCUGAGGACUUUUCCAACUACUGGACUGCUGUCCUGUACUUCAAGCACCCUACCAACGGUUCCUACCACCGAGUUCCAGUUACCAACAACGCGGCCCUCGCAGCAGGCACCAAGGGUGGAAUGACCAUCUACUACACCCAACACGACUUCUCUACUGAUGACCUGAAGAAUCAGUACAUCACGGCGUUCCCACCGGGAUUCCGAAUGACUGUGGGCAGCCCGACCACAGAGACUCUGGACCAGGCCAAAGGCCACAUCGGUCUACGAUACAACUGCCUCCAGACCACGAUCAACAGAGGCGCCGAAAUGGUGGACUUCCCGGAUAGGCCCUGCCCGGGCGGUAUCUUCGCUGUCCACCACUUCCCAGCAUGCUGGGAUGGUAAGAACCUCGACAGCCCGGACCACCAGUCCCACAUGUACAACACCAUCACUCGUGAUGGUUUCACAAACGCUCCCAAGUGCCCGGCGUCGCACCCCGUUCGCAUGCCUCAGGUCACUUAUGAGACUGUCUGGGACACUACCAAGUUCAACAGCUUGUGGCCCUCAGGCACCCCGAACCCGUUCGUGUGGAGCUUCCACGGUACUAGCGGCUAUGGCACCCACGCCGAUUACAUGUUCGGCUGGAAGGGUGAUGCACUACAGCGCGCCAUGAACAAGUCCGAGUGCUUCUACGACGGCUGUGGAUCGAUUACCAAGCAGACCAUGGCUGUUGCUAACCAAUGUACCGUUCCAGACAUGGUUGGCGAGGAUACAGAUGGAUGGGUCGACCAUCUUCCAGGUAUGCAGAUGUGAAGGAUGAAAUGUUAUAAAGAUAUACAGAGGGGAUAGAGAAUGUUUAAGUAUGCCGUGGUAAAUGCCAUCGGAUUAUGUAUUUAACAUUAUACGUAGUAAGAAUAAUGGAGUUAGUAGAAGCUUUAAGCUGCCGUCUUAAUGAUUGGUAAGAUGUGACAACAACAAGUAAUGAUAAUAGAUAAUGAAUACCUGGGCCGGUAGUUAAGCUGUAUGAAGCGAUAUAACUUGGGAAGCAUUAAGAGGACCUUUUACGGAGGC